ACUCCCAUUCCCUCUCAACUCCCAUUCCCCAUCUCUAAUUCCCACGAACCAAACACGCUGUCAGGGCCGCACGACCCUCCCGAACGCGGCCCUCGCCUACCUCUUCCUCGCCAGCGGCGAUGAACCCGCAGGGUCAGAGCAGCUCGCUGGAGCGCCUCCACAACGUUGAGCAGCGGAUAGUGCGGGUGGUGGAGCUGUCGGGCGCGGUCAUGGAGGAGCUCGGAAACUCGCAGGGUCCCCGCGGCGAAGCCGUAGCCUCCCACUGCCGCGACUUCAUGCUCUUUAUGAAGGAAAUACAAACAACUUUGCGCGAGGAAAUAAAAAGUGCUUGUGAAUAUCGUCCAUUUGAGAAGUGCGACUAUAGUGCAAGAAUCGCUAACGAGAUUUGUUGCAAAAAGCUGGAGUAUGUAAUUGAGAAGAUGGAUGCCAUGCAACUAAACAUGGAGCAAAGUUCUGAUGGAGUGUAGCUAGUUAACUGCAUUCUAGUGCCUGGUGGUGAAGUGGUGAGUGCAAGGCUUAGGAGCAAGAACAGACCUGACCAAGCAUGAGUGUUGGUUUGUUAAAAAGCUUUCUUUUAAUAACUUGUCUGUUCGAAUGUGCAAAGCUUUGUUCAACUCUGAACGAGGAGGUGUUUCACUUACAGUGCAUUGAACUAGGAGAUCAUGUAACCACAUGUAAGUAAGGUUUGGUGGUGUACUUGUAUUGUCGCACAACUUUGGGAUGUGGAUUACUUCGUUUCCACUGAACGAGGAGGUAUUUGUCUUA